CUGAUGACAAUUCGCACGCAGUUUGAAAGUAAGCGCUGGCCAAAUAAACCGCUACAACGCAUCCUUCGCUUGAACUUCGAACGCGUUCAUCGUACCACAGUCGUUGGAUUCUCCAGCUGGUGGCCGGUGAAUUCCUCCAAAGUUCAUUGCGUCUGUUGCAACACUUGCCAGCCGGAAAUUAGUUGCAUCUUCCUUUGUACUUCGCUGCACCCUCGGCGCUUUGAGAACAAUUGCGAACUCGUGGAGUACAAUUACAAUGUCGCACCACCAUUAUAGCCGCGACCGAUCCCAGGAUGGCUCAGUUGGACCGUCACGGAACCAGUAUGGACAUAGCAGACCUCCUAUGUAUGACCGCGGCGGACCGUCGCGAGGUCAACCUCCAGAUCGUCGUCACAAUGGUAGGCCACCAGGUGCAGUGCCAGAAAACUCGGGCAAUGCUCAGGCUGUUCAAGUCUACGCGAACUUAUUCAAGAUAAUAAGGUUGCCAACUAGUAGUUACUACCACUAUCAAGUUUCCUUUUCUCCCGAAGUCAAGAUAUUCCGUAAGAGGCAGGAGCUCAUACACAAACUUCAGAAUGUCGUCGCAGCAGACGUUUUUCAUGACCGCGCACUUUACGAUGGAAAAUAUUCAAUGUACUUGAGAUAUGCCAUUCAGGCGAAUGUCUCGUUCGUUGUCGAUUUAAGAGAGGGACCGUCCGUCCAGAGGGUAGUUGAGGGCCAACGUGGUGUCCACCGAAUCACACUGACCAGGACAAGCGGGGAUCCUAUUCAGCCUAGCAACCUUGUUCGAGGGGAUUAUAUGCAGAGCCAGCUUGACGCCAGCCUUGUGGCGACAUCCACGAAUAUUUUGCAGCUGCUCAUUCGACAAGAGACUGACCAGAAAUAUACCCAUAAUGCCCAUUCCUUUUUCUCUCCAGCAUCUUCAAAGACAAUCAAUGGUGGCCUCGAGCUUUGGAGAGGUUUUUAUCAGUCUGUACGGCCAACACUACGAGGAAUGGUUAUCAAUGUCGAUACUUCUAUGACGGCCAUGUAUGCCUCCGGAGAACUCAUAGGUGUUGCCCUGAGGUUUCUGGGACAGUCAGAUGUUCGGGCCCUGGCUUUAAAUCAGGGUAGUACGAAGUACCAUGCUUUGGAAAGAUUUCUGAAAGGAGUGCGGAUCACUGUCAAGAGCCCUGCGACAGGACGACCCUAUACUAAGACGAUACGAGGGCUUCAGCCGCAGGCAGGUCGGUAUGAGUUCAGGAAAGACGGGAGAAUCACAACUGUAGAGGCGUACUUUGCCGCUCUAAAUCGGAGAAUAAGAUACCCCGACAUUAUAGGACUGCGACUUUCGACCCAGGAUGCGGAAAACGCUGUCAUCGUACCUGCCGAACUGUGUGACGUCGUACCCGGACAGAUGUUUAAAAAGCGGUUGCCCAGCGAUCUGACAAGUGACGCCGUCUCUUUUGGGACUAUCCCGCCGGAUCGGAGGUUACAAAGUAUCCGUGGUCUCGGAAGAUCCAAUGAGCUGCAGUCUCCGAUUGUCGGUUACAACCACUCAGCCCAUAUAGUUGAGGCGGGGAUGUCAGUAUCAACGGACCCUCUGACAAUUACCGGCGUUAUACUUCGACCUCCCAAACUAAAAACGGAUGGGGGAAAUACAGAGCAUAGCGUUCAGAACGGCGCGUGGAAUUACAACAAGGUAGGUUUCGUGAAACCUGCCAAGUUGGAGUCAUGGUUUUUUGUCAACCUGGACCACAUGCAUAUCAGUAAUGAUGUGCGAGAUAGCAAGGCUCGGGACCUCGGAGCGCGAUGUGCGAGUCUCGGUAAGAAGAUCGGUCGUCCUUCUUGCUUGACAUUAAAUCCCUGGAACAUCGUAAAUGAACUGGAUGACCAAAUGACCGCAUAUGUCAAGCACCAGCAGGAACGGGGUGUUCAAAAACCUAAAGUUGACCUUAUUUUAGUCAUAUUGCCUCCAAAAUCAGACGAUGUCCGCCAUGCUGUGAAACACUGGGGUGAUAUCAGUCGUGGUAUUCUUACCCAAUGUGUGCGAUCGGAUAAAGUUACUACAGCCGGCGACCAGUAUUGGGCCAAUGUCGCGUUGAAGAUGAACGCUCGCCUUGGGGGGUAUAAUUCAGGGAUCGAAUCAGAUAUACUCAAGAAAAUGACAGUAACACCAGCGCCCGGUCCAUUCAUGAUCAUGGGCGCGGAUGUAAGUCACCCAGGUCCUGGCGUCCUUCGACCAUCUGUGGCCAGCCUGGUCUGGUCCAGAGAUGAGUAUGCGACAUUGUACGUCGCAGAUAUCCGCAUACAGCCUCCCCGAACAGAAAGGAUCGGGGACCUUCAUGACAUGGUCAAAGGUGCUGUCGAUAAAUUUGCGAAGUUCAGUCAUGCAGGGCCACCGAAGGCUAUCAUCUUCUUCAGAGAUGGAGUAUCAGAGGCGGAGUUCGCUGAUAUCGGUAACUUGGAAAAAGGUAUGAUCGAGGGCGCACUUAAGGAGCUUUACCACGAACACCGAAACGACCCUCAAUGGAAGAACAAGAAAACACGCCUGACAUAUCUUUUUGUCGUAAAACGGCACCACAUCAAGUUCUUCCCAAUGACUCCAAGGGGGCAGCAUCCAGCAGACAGAACAGGAAACGUUAAAGCGGGGUUUGUAACUUCAGAUGAGGAGUUGCGACACCCAUCAUUACCGGACUUCUUCUUGCAGUCACAUGGAGCGAUACAAGGAACUUCGCGCAGCGGUCACUAUGUUGUCCUGCACGACGAGUACUUCGGGAAUGACAUCAAAGCCAUCAAACAACUCUCCUUCGAUUUGUGCCAUGUUUAUGCACCUGCCUCAAGAUCAGUAUCAAUACCCGCACCGGUCUAUUAUGCGCACGAAGCCUGCCUGAGGGCACAGUAUCACUUUGACCCCAUGGAUAGUACAGUCCGUUACGGAAGUGAUAGUGCAUCGGAUGCGAGCGAAGAAAGCAUGUUUGAUUUGGACAGGUGGAAACGGGCCUUCUAUCCAGUUCACCGAAGACUGGAAUACUCGAUGUAUUUUUUGUAAAGUUUGGGCGAGUCGCUGAUCUAUCGAUGGAAGACUUAUAUAGAGUACGUGUUUAUACCUUCUAUGUAGUUAUACAGUUAUGUUUGUAGAUGGUGCAAGCUAUGUAUUUGAUAUGAAUGUAGGUGUUUAUACUGACUUGAUUAUAUCCGAUUAUCCUGUAGUUGCCAUUGCCGCA